ACCACAGAAUUUUGUUGGAGGAGAACACCGGCCAAAGGUCAGCAGUUAUUGCCUGAGACUGGUGGCAGCCAAAAUCCUGCAAGCGUGCUGAGAGACGUUGAAGAUUUUGGCUGUUCUUUAAGACCAAAUAAUAUUGUACAUCAGGAAUAUUUAUUGUUGCAUCAGAUGCAGGCCAUGAAAAAUAUAGACGGUGAUCCAAGUAAUAGGAGUGCCAAAAGAUUUAAAGGCCCAACUCUAGAGUCUAGUUCGGAUGCUCAACAGGUAUUUCAAGGUGCAGAUCAGUCGCCUUAUGGAUCCGGUAACAUGAUGAGAGAUGCCCAAGUGAAUUGUCCUAUAGUUCCUUCUGGAGAUUCUAAGAUGCUAAGCUUGUCAUCAAAUGCUGUAGAUUACCAUGAGACACAGUUAUCUGCUAUUGAGCAGAUGCCAUUUGCUCACAAUGGUUCCCUGCAUGUCAGCAAUGCUAAUGAUUUACCUGGUAGUCUGAGGGGUGAACACUCUCAGAUCAGACCCCAGAUGACUCCAUCCUGGUUUGACCGGUAUGGGGCAUUUAAAAAUGGUAUUUACAAUGCUCAGAAAAUUGCCAUGAUGAAGGCUACGGGCAAAGCAUUCAUCUUUGGUAGGCCUCCUGAUGGUUUAUAUGCUCUUGAUUCCAAUGAGCAAGUUAGUGCUGCUGAUGCUAGUCAGCUGGGUGAUGCCCGGCAAAACUCAAACCUCUUGCCAAUAGCAAGCGAACAUAUCUCCCGUCACAUGCUUUGUCCUGAUCUUCCAAAUCAGAACCUGAUUGCCGUGAGUGCAAAGAAGCGUAAAAGUAUGACAUUUGAGCUUGUAUCAUGGCAUAGAGAAGUGACACAAGGUUGUCGAAGACCUCAGAAGAUCAGUGCGGCUGAGGUGGAAUGGGCACAUUCAGCAAAUCGAUUGAUUGAGAAGGUUGAAUACAAACCUGAAAUGAUUGAAGAUGGGUCACCGGUGCAUAGAUAAAAAAGAAGGCUCAUUUUGACAACAAAGCUUAUGCAGCAACUACAUUGUGCUCCUCCAAGGGUGGUUCUUUCUGCAGAGUGUAGCAAAAAUUAUGAGACUGUGGUCUAUUUUGUUUCCAGAUUAGGCUUAGGAGGAGCAUGCAGUACAUCAUAUAUACCUGAAAGUGAUACAGCUGUUCCUUCUGAGAGUGGAAGCACCCUCUCUGAAAUGCUUAAGGAGAGAACGCAAUCCAUCUUAAAGGCUGCAGAAGAGUUUGUCGUCAGAACAAAGAAACUGAAAAAUGAUUUACAGAGUCUGGAGAGAGAGCCUCAAUAUUGGACUUAAGAUUGGAAUGCCAUGAUCUAGAGAAGGUUUUGCUCAUCAAUCGUUUCGGCAAGUACUAUGGGCGGGGGCAAGCGGGCAGGGUUGAGACUUCAUCGUCCUCUGAAGCAAUUUCUAGUCCUCCCAAAUUCUUCCUCCAGAGAUAUGUUUCUGCGCUACCAAUGCCUAGAAAUCUCCCAGAUAAGGUACAGUGUCUCUCACUUUGACAAUUAGUUAUUCGGUUAUCCCCAGCUCAAGAGUUGACUGGAUACUGGUUAAAUCAUAGGUGAAAUCUUUGAAGAUUUCUUACUUGUAAAUACUAUGUAAUUGUUGUAAAUAUAGAUGGGCAGCUCUAGAUUUCUUUUCCUUGUUAAUGUUCU